AUGGCUGGGAGCAGGCAGGAGGUCCUGCAGUGCCUCAACAAAGCUGACACAGACAGGUUUUGGACCAAAGAUGUUUCAACUGGCAUCCUCUAUCAGAUCAGCUCAGACUCAGCUCUCCCGUGGCAGCAAGCGAGGAAAAGCUGUCAGCAGCAAGGUGCAGAACUCUUAAGCAUCACUGAGAUUCAUGAGCAGGAAUAUGUAGAAGAGCUGAUUAAAAACUUCAGUUCUACCCUCUGGAUUGGAUUGAACUCUUUGAAUUUCAACAGUGGAUGGCAAUGGGCUGGGGGCAGCCCUUUCAGAUACUUGAAUUGGGCUCCAGGAAGUCCUUUCCAGGCUCCUGGGAAACUCUGUGGACUAAUGAAUCCCAAAAAGGAUGGGAAAUGGGAAAACCAAGCCUGCAACCAGAGGCUUGGCUACAUCUGUGAAAAGAGAAACCUCAGUCCCAAGCCUGAUGUGCUACCCAAAGAGGAGCUGAAAUCCAUUACCUGCCCAGAUGGCUGGUGGCCAUAUGCAGGGGACUGCUACAGCAUUCAACGGGAGCCCAAGGCGUGGAAGGAUGCUCUGGCUUCAUGCAGGAAGCAAGGUGGAGACCUGGCAAGUGUCCACAACAUUGCUGAGUUCAGCUUCCUGGUGUCACAGCUUGGUUACAAGCCCACAGAAGAGCUAUGGCUGGGUCUGAACGACCUGAAGGCUCAGUUCUCUUUGGAGUGGAGCGACAGGACCCCGGUGACAUUCACCUCGUGGCGGCGGGGGCAGCCCAGCUACACCAAGGGGCUGGAGCGCUGCGUGGCAAUGAAGGGGCAGGAUGGGUACUGGGCAACUGAUGUUUGUGACAAAGAACUUGGUUACAGCUGUAAAAAGAAGCCUUCAUCACCAUCUUCUGGAAGAGAGAAAAUUGAGGACCCAGGCUGCCAGAAGGGUUGGAGCAGAUAUGGCUCCCACUGCUACCUGGUGGGGUCUGCCCUUCUGACCUUCUCAGAAGCAAAGAAGACCUGUGAAGGGAGCAAGGCUUACCUAGCUACUGUGGAAAGCAGGAAUGAGCAGGCCUUUCUGAUCAGUCUGGUGGGGCUGAGGCCUGAAGAGUAUUUCUGGAUUGGCCUCUCUGCCACAGAAGAAGGAGGGAGCUUCAGGUGGAGUAGUGGUGGGACAGCUCUCUUCACACACUGGAGUGCAGCAAUGCCAGGGAAGGAGCAAGGCUGUGUUGCCAUGAGAACUGGACCUGCAGCUGGAUUAUGGGAUGUUAUCAGCUGUGAGAAGACAGCAAAUUACCUUUGCAAACAGCAGGCAGCAGGAGAGCAGCCUCCUGCUCCUCCAGUGCCUGUCCCUGCAGCCACCUGUGCCACAGGCUGGGACGGAGCCUCCUGGGCAGAUUCAUGCUUCAAAUUUUUUGUGAGACAAAGGAAGGAAAUGAAGUCUUGGUUUGAGGCUGAAGAAUUCUGCAGAGAAAUAGGAGGAAGCCUGGUCACAAUCAGCUCCAGGGAAGAGCAGACUUUGCUCUGGCAGUUAGCAUCGGAUAAAGGACUGAACCAUCAGGGCUUCUGGAUUGGUUUGUUUCUCCUAAAUCCUGAUGAAGGCUUUGCCUGGGUUGAUGGUUCCCCUGUGAUUUAUGAGAACUGGGCUGAAGGUGAGCCCAACAACCAGGGAGCCCUUGAGCACUGCGUGAUGCUGGACGGCUCGCCGCAGCUGCGCUGGAAUGACCUGAGCUGUGACCGUGAGCUCAGCUGGGUUUGUGAGACCAAGAAAGGUGCUCUGCUGAAACCUGAACCAAGCUACACACCUGUAUAUCAGACCACUGCUGAUGGCUGGCUUCUGCAUGAAGACAAGCAGUACUAUUUCAGCAGAACAAAGGUCCAUAUGGAAGAAGCACAGAGAAUCUGUCAGAGGAACUUUGCAGCUCUGGUGGUCAUUGAGAAUGAAAGCAAAAGGCAGUUCCUGUGGAAAUAUAUUUACCAACGAGACAUCCUGGGCUCAUAUUUCAUUGGCUUGGUUGUCAGCUUUGAUCAGAAAAUCAGCUGGCUGGAUGGGACCCCAGUGAACUACGUUGCCUGGGCUCCACAUGAACCCAAUUUUGCCAACAAUGAUGAGAACUGUGUGAUGAUGGUACAGCCUUCUGGCUUUUGGCAAGAUGUAAGCUGUGCUGUGAGAGCUGCCUUCAUCUGUGAAAGGCACAAUUCAACUUACUCAGGAUUUGCUCCUACUGUACUUCCAGCUCUGGGAGGAUGCCCUGAAACCUGGCUUCUGUUUAACAAUAAGUGUUACAAAGUCUUUGGAUCCAGAGAAGAAGGGAGGCUGACCUGGCACUCUGCAAGGAGUGCUUGUAUAGAGCUGGGGGGAAAUCUGGCCUCUGUCCACAGUGAACAAGUGCAAGCCUUCUUCACCUUACACCUGAAAGAUGUCACCAAUGAAACCUGGAUUGGACUGAAUGACAUCAACCAAGAGGGCAAAUAUCUGUGGACAGAUGGAAGCUUGUUUGUCUAUUCACACUGGGCAAGAGGAUUCCCCUUCAGAGAUAGAUACACACAAGUUGACCACAAGUAUAUCACAAUAGAGACUGACUGCAUUGCAAUCACAAAAGGAUCUGCAGAUGAUGCAGGAGGCUGGGAAAACACUGACUGCCAGCACAAAAAAAGCUACAUUUGCCAGAUGGACAGCAAGCCCGACCUGUUUCGUUCCACAACUGCCCCAGACUCUCCUUUCAUCCAUUAUGGCAACAGCAGCUAUUUAAUCAUUCCUUCCAAAAUGAAUUGGGAAGAAGCAAGAAAAGCCUGCAGGGAGAAGUCUUCAGAGCUUGCCAGCAUCCUUGAUGUUUACAGCAAUGCAUUCCUGCUUCUGCAGGCAGCACAGCAUGCAGAGCCCUUAUGGAUUGGGCUCAACAGUAAUGUGAAUUCUGGCUAUCAGAGAUGGAGUGACAAAAGGAAGGUCACCUUCUCGAGAUGGUGCUACGCAGAGCCGAAAGAGAAAAGGGCCUGUGUCUAUCUAGGGCUCCAGGGCACCUGGAGAACUGCACCUUGCCACCACAAACACUUUCCUGUCUGCAAAAAGUCUGAAGAUGUGCUUCCCUCUGACCCCCCCCAGGGCACUGGCAAAUGCCCUGAGUCUGGCCACACGUUUUGGGUUCCUUUCCGAAGCCACUGCUAUAGCUUCAACACCGAGGAACUGAGCUGGGAGCAGUCUGUGACUCAGUGCAUCCAGCAAGGUGGUACACUGACUUCUGUAGAAGAUGUGGCUGAAUCAGACUUCUUAGCAGAGCAUGCAGACCUGUACAGAAGCAAGACAAGUGGCUUUUGGAUAGGAAUCUACAGAAACAUGAAUGGGCAGCUGCUGUGGCAAGAUAACAGUGCCCUAGAGUUUGCCAACUGGGGUGAAGGCCAGCCCGUGGGGGACCUCCUGGAACACUGUGUGGAGCUGUCUGCUGCCUCUGGCUACUGGAGCACCCUUCCCUGCCAUUCCCAGAAGGGCUUUAUUUGUAAGAAAGCAAAGACCAUCCUUGCAGCAGCUACAAGCAUGGAAGGUGCCAAAAAGAGCCAAGCACCCAGGCACAUGAAUGUGUGGGUAGUGCUUACUCUGCUCCUCAUCAUUUCAUUAGGGAUGGGAGUUAUGAUUUACUUCCUGAUCCAGGUGAGAACUCAAAGGCAGACUGGAGGAGAGGCCAGAGGCAGCAGCACGCUGGUGCAGUACAGCUAUGUCCUCACUGGAGGGGAUUCUGAGAGUGAUGCCACCCACAAAGGCAAAAAUGAGCAGAGUGUGGUCUAA